GGCCGAAAACCCAACCCAAUAACGUCUUUGCCUCGGCCUCUCUCCUCCAGGCCAAUGCUUUCGUCUCUCUUUAUCAUUCCUUUCCUCCCCACCUUUUUCUAGGCCUUUCAGUUUACCUGAAUAUUAUAUUCAUUAAAGUACGCUUUUCACACUCGACCUCGAAAGAAAAUGAGAGCUCAACUCUGACAAGCACUGCACCAACAGAGAAUCCCAACGUCUCUGCGUUCUCUUCUGCAUUCAUCAGUCUGAAUUCGCGGCCAAUUCUCUCUGUCGCUCUCUCUUGCUCCCCCUCCGGGGACUUAAUUUUACCGCACGUGCGUUCUCUCUCAGAGCUGUGUCCUCAACCUUCCAUUUUCGUAAUGCAUUGUGACUGAUCGUACCCGCUAAGGGCCCACCGGCAAUAUUCAAUCACAAUGGUGCUUGGGCUGAGAUCAAAGAGUCGGAAAAGUGUUUCAGUUCAGGUUGAUUACUUUAUCCUUGUACAGGAGGUGAAGCCAUGGCCACCAUCAGAAUCUUUGAAAUCUUCUCGGUCACUGUUGAUUCAGUGGGAAAAUGGUGAUCAGAACUCUGGGUCCUUUACUUGUGGUGUUGGGGAUGGAAAAAUUGGAAUCGGCGAGUCUUUCAGGCUUCCGGUUACUUUAUGUAGGGAAGUAUCCAGAAAAGGCACAACCCGUGAAAGUUUUUUGAAGAACAACUUAGAGUUUUACGUGUAUGAUGCUCGAAAGGAGAAGGCUGUCAAAGGUCAACUCUUGGCGACGGCUACGAUAAACCUUGCAGAUUAUGGAGUUAUCAAAGAAACCAUAACCAUAAGUGCUCUGGUGAACUGCAAGCGGAGCUUCAAACACUCGACGCUACCAGUUCUUUACGUGACCAUUCAACCUCUUGAUAGAGAUAGCUCUAGCCCGUCACCAAUGGGCAGCUUGUCGAAGGAAGUGUCGCUGGACAAAAGCGAAUCGUAUUCGGAACUUACUAAUGAAGGGAAUGCUGAGGAAACUGAGAUUGCUUCAUUUACUGACGAUGAUAAUGAUGAUCGUUCACCUCAUUUAUCACAAACCAUCACCUCUUUUGCUUCCGAGGCUAGAGGAUGGUCACCGCCUAAAAGAAAUCAGAUCAAAUCAGAAUCAGCUAAGGAUAGCACAGAAAGGGUUAAUAUUGGAAUUUUGGAAGAUGAAGAGAAAAAGGAGCUGCAGGAAAAUGGACAGGGAGAAUAUGGCUUACAAGUGGAGCCAUACAAUCUAGAAGAAAAACUAGUUGGUAAAUUAUCAGAACAUUCUGCCCUAAAUCAAGUCAAAUUCAGGAAUGAUACUCUUUCAUUCAGGAGGAAUUCACUUGGAUUUGCGGAAAGUGUUCAUAGAAUUAAUGAGCUAAAACAAAUGAAGUCUGCCAAGAGCAGUGUCAUGAUCAGCACUAGUCAGCUCAGGGAACAGGGUGACAACAUUAUUGCUCCUGAAGCUGCUUGUACCACAAGUUUUUCAACUAAUGAAAAUGAAGCUACAUUGAGUAGCUUGUCUGAUGGAAAAGUCAAGUUAGAAUCUAAAAUUGAAAUGAUUGAGGAAGAGUUCCCUUUCAACUCUGCCAAUAGCAAUGGGAUGUUCAGCACCAGUCAGCUCAGGGAACAGGGAGUAAACAUUAAUGUUCCAGAAGCUGCUAGUGCCACGAGCUAUUCACCUAAUGAAAGUGAAGCAACAGUACGUGGCUUCUCUGACGGAAAAGCCGAAUUAGAAUCUAAAAUUGAAAUGCUUGAGGAAGAGUUGCAGGAAGCUGCUGCUGUUGAGGUUGCCCUUUAUUCAGUGGUUGCUGAGCAUGGGAGUUCUGCAACCAAGGUCCAUGCUCCAGCUCGGCGCCUUUCUAGGUUCUAUCUCCAUGCUUGUAAAGCAAGGUCCCCAGCUAACAGGGCAAGUGCAGCUAGAACUGCUGUUUCGGGAUUAGUUCCGGUUGCUAAAGCAUGUGGAAAUGAUGUUCCGAGGUUGACUUUCUGGUUGUCAAAUUCAAUUUUGUUGAGAGCCAUUGUCAGCCAGGCAGUUGAUAAAUUACAACUUUGCGCUGGACCAAACACCAGCCGUAGUGGUGAUGGAAAUGGGUUGGGUGAGAAGUCCUCCCCGAACUGCCAAGAGUCAUCUCUUCACCUGGAACAGAAAAAUAAUACGGCGGAAUAUUUUGAUGACUGGGAGGACCCACAAACAUUUAUAGUUGCAUUGGAAAACGUUGAAGCGUGGAUCUUCAGCCGAAUCAUUGAGUCUGUGUGGUGGCAGACUCUGACUCCACAUAUGCAACCUUCUGCUGCUAAGGGCUCAGGCUUAAGGAAAUCCCAUGGAAGGAAAUAUGGUUUAGGUGAUCAGGAGCAGGUGAACUUCUCAAUAGAUCUUUGGAAGAAAGCUUUCAAGGAUGCUUGUGAAAGACUUUGUCCUCUUCGAGCUGGAGGGCAUCAGUGUGGCUGCUUGCCUGUGCUGGCUAGAUUGGUAAUGGAGCAGUUGGUGGGUAGAUUAGACGUGGCAAUGUUCAAUGCUAUUCUUCGCGAAUCAGCUGAAGAGAUUCCAACAGAUCCUGUUUCUGAUCCCAUUAGUGAUUCAAAAGUUCUGCCUGUUCCUGCUGGAAAAUCAAGCUUUGGGUCUGGUGCCCAGCUAAAAAAUGCUAUAGGAAACUGGUCAAGAUGGCUCACAGAUCUAUUUGGAAUUGAUGAUGACAAUGCCUCUGAAGAUGGGGUUGAACUUGAUGAUGACAAGAAACUGGAAUGUGAGACACCCUUCACGCCUUUCCAUCUCCUUCAUGCAUUGAGUGAUCUCAUGAUGCUUCCUUUUGAAAUUCUUGCUGAUAGGUCCACAAGAAAAGAGGUCUGCCCCAAAUUUGGCGGGUCAUUAAUCAAGAGGGUACUUAUUAAUUUUGUCCCCGAUGAAUUUUGCCCAGACCCAAUUCCAGAGGCUGUUCUUAAGGCCUUGGAUUCUGAGGACCACCUUGAGGCCGAUGAAUUUUCCAUUACAAGCUUUCCAUGCACUGCUGCUCCUACAGUCUAUCAACCACCUCCAGCAGCUUCACUAAUAAGCAUCAUAGGAGAAAUUGGAAAUCAAUCUAUGACAAGUGGCUCAUCAGUGCUUCGAAAAUCAUAUACUAGUGAUGAUGAACUUGAUGAGUUGGAUUCACCCAUGACUUCAAUUGUCAUAGACAACUUCCGGGUUUCUCCUACUUCGGAAAAACCCAACCUGAUGCCAAAGAGAGGCGGAGGUCGAAAGGUUGUCAGAUACAAACUUCUGCGGGAGGUAUGGAGAUCAGAUGGCAAAUAGUAAUGUUUCAUUUAUUUCUCUCACGGAUGUAUGUAUGUAUGCAUAUAGAGAUAGAGUGCUUUGGCUAAAUAGUGAGUCUGGGACAUAAAAUUUGUACUAAAAUUGAAGAGAAGGUGAGGUAACGUUAGGAGAUAUAGCUGGCUUAUCCUCGAAAUCUUAAUUUGAUCGUUGCCAGAAUCAUGUUGCAUAUUAGUUGAUUAUUGGCACUUAACAGAGAUGUUUUGAUCAGCUACAGGCUGCAACACAAUAACUAAAGGUGAACUUUCAUGAUAAUUUUCUGUUCAAGUUCAUUUCAACUAUAGUUACAUUUGUUCAA